CACGGCGACGGGGUUCGUGGUGCAUGAGGAUGCCACUCUGCUGCACUGGCACCGCGGAAAGUGAAGAUGUGGCUGCCGCCGGGUGGUCAUAUCGAGGAGAACGAGGACCCGGUGCAGGCGGUGCUGCGGGAGGUCGAGGAGGAGACGGGCGUGCAGGUGGAGGUCGUGCCGACGGGAACGCCAAUCGACCUAGAAUACCCAGAACAGAAGCAUUGAACUCAUGCCAUCGUCUAGCAGCCGCUUGGUGACAGCAAGGAACAGGCGGCGACCCAGUCCCUUACGCUGGAAUUCUUCGAGCAGGUAUAGGCUGUAUAUCUCGCCCUGGUAUGCUCCAUC